UCAAAUAUGAUACUGAUCCCUAUAUAAAACUGCACCCCUUUAUCUUUCUUUGGAAACUCGGAUCCCUUUUCGUGUUGCAGAGUUCAGACCAUUCCCUUGAGUUUUUUUUUUUUUCAAUGAAGGAGUUUCAGAAGAAUGACCUCCUCUCCUUCUUCUGCAUCCUCCUUUUACUCCCAGCCCUAGCUUCCGCAGAGUGUACGUGCGACGCCGAAGAAGAAGGCGGUAACAGAAGCGAAGCCCUAAAAUACAAACUCGGCGCAAUCGCUUCCAUCCUCGUGGCCGGUGCAAUCGGCGUUUGCAUCCCAAUUAUAGGGAAAACGAUUCCGUCAUUGCAGCCGGAGAAGCCUAUCUUCUUCAUUAUCAAGGCUUUUGCAGCCGGCGUUAUAUUGGCCACUGGAUUCAUCCACGUGCUUCCGGACGCUUUCGAGAGAUUGACGUCGCCGUGUUUGAAAGAAAACCCAUGGGCGAACUUUCCCUUCACCGGAUUUGUGGCCAUGAUGGCUGCCAUCGGAACCUUGAUGGUAGAUUCCAUUGCAACUUCUUAUUUCAACAGGUCUCACUUUAAGAAGGCUCAGAAUCACGUUAACGGAGAUGAGGAGAAAGUUGGAGAGCAUGAGGGUCACGUACAUGUUCAUACACAUGGGACUCAUGGCCAUUCUCAUGGCUCGCUUGAUACCAAUUCCGCCGAGUCACAACUUCUUCGGCACAGAGUUAUAUCAAAGGUUUUGGAGUUGGGAAUUGUGGUGCACUCGGUGAUAAUUGGAAUUUCGUUGGGUGCUUCUGAAAGUCCAGCAACAGUUCGACCUCUUGUUGCUGCUUUGACUUUCCAUCAAUUUUUUGAAGGCAUGGGACUUGGUGGUUGCAUAGCUCAGGCGAGAGAGUCGCGAUUAACAACUAUAAUCAUGGUGUUGUUCUUCUCGCUUACAACUCCGGUUGGAAUUGGGAUUGGUAUUGGAAUAUCAAGCAGAUACAAGGAAAACAGUUCAACGGCUCUCAUACUCGAAGGACUUUUUGAUGCAGCAUCAGCCGGGAUCUUAAUCUACAUGGCUCUGGUUGAUCUCCUAGCUGCUGAUUUUAUGAACCCGAAAAUGCAGAAGAAUGUAAAGCUUCAAGUUGGGGCUAAUGUUUCACUUCUUUUUGGAGCUGGUUGCAUGUCUCUAAUAGCCAAAUGGGCUUAAACUAGAAAACGUCAAUCAUUUUUUUUGGUUCAGUUUCUAGCUAGAAUAGUGACAUUGUUUUUCUUCCCAAAUGUUUGUGGUUCAAGAACGUCUGUGUGAAAAAAUGCAAAAAAUACUUUUUGCCAAUUUGACUUGUUAUUUGAAUUGAAUUUUAGAAUAUAUAUAUUGGGGCUCAAU